GUCCGUUGUGUCUGUCUCCAGUCGUCGGUGUCUCCUCUGCACCGUGAAGCUUCGUCUCUGCACAGAGCAGAGCAGUGAGGAUGGGACGGACUUUGCUCUGUGUGCUUCGGUUGUUCUACGCUGUGUUGACCAUUGAGCCACAGUGGUCCCCUCUAUUCACCGGAGAGUCUGUUACCUUAACAUGUGACAUGAGGGAUGGACAACACAAAGACUGGUUUUACACACUCUUAAAGGAUGGACAUGAAUUUGCCCSAUACAGCASARKRAGAAGCURSAAAAUAMAACUAAYUACAGMCSACAGUGGUAAAUAUCAGUGCUAUGGUCAACGAAAACAGUCUGAGAUUGAGAAGAAGAGUAAUGAGCUCUCUCUAACUGUAUCAGAGACACCCAUACCAGAUCUUACUGUGACUACAUCAUGGCCGAGUCCUGGAGCCUCAGUAACUCUGAGCUGCAGCUUCAAAUAUCCAUCUGCAGGUUGGAGGUUCCUCUGGUACAAGACUGUUUACACAGGACCAGAAAAAUGGUCCUACGAUUAUGAGUUUCUACCUGGAAGCACCAAUGGAACCAUCAUCGUUUACGAUCAGACAUACACAGGAUACUUCUGCAGCGCUGAAAGAGGAGACCCAGUCUAUCACUCGUUGAGCAGUGACCCUAAGUUUGUCUGGUCCAGAGAUCUUCAUUCAGCACCAUCUCUCACAGUGAAUCCUGACAGAGUGCAACACUUCAGUUCCGAACCUGUGUCUCUGAGCUGUGAAGGAAACUCAACUGAAUUCAGAUUCUUCUACUUUGAUGAAAUAAUUCACUUGUUACCCUGUCCUGUCAGGAGAACAGGGACUGGAUCAAUGUGCACAGUUUAUAAUCUAAACGGCUCUGCAGUGUUCUGGUGUGGGUCUGGAUCAGGACAGUUCAGCAAUGCAGUCAACAUUACUGUCGCCUCUGCUGAUAUUAUCCUGGAGAGUCCCGUCCAUCCUGUGGCUGAGGGGACGUCCGUCACUCUCGGCUGCAGGCCGAGGACGGAAAAUGAUCCCUCUGACGUGCUUUUCUAUAAAAAUGACCAACUCAUCCAAAACGAUAGGAGACAGGAGCUCACCAUCCCUGAGGCGUCACAGGCACAUGAAGGUUUUUAUAAAUGUGGACGAUCAGGACGGAUGUCAGCACAGAGCUGGAUGUCAGUGCGAC